AUGGAGCCUCAUGGGAAGUGUAGUCCGUGCUGCAGGGAGACUGGACUAGUGCAUACCGGUUAUGUGUCUGUUAUAGGACCAAGAGGACCACCUGGCCCAACGGGACCGCCAGGAGAGCAAGGACCCCGAGGACCAAGAGGAGAUAAAGGAGAGAAGGGAAGUCCUGGCCCCCGUGGCAGAGAUGGCGAGCCUGGCACCCCCGGAAACCCUGGCCCCCCUGGACCUCCAGGACCUAAUGGACCCCCUGGCCUUGGUGGAAACUUCGCCGCUCAGAUGGCCGGUGGUUUUGACGAGAAGGCCGGCGGCGCACAAAUGGGUGUGAUGCAAGGACCGAUGGGCCCUAUGGGACCUAGAGGACCACCUGGGCCAACUGGAUCACCUGGAUCCAUGGGACCCCGUGGCCCCCCGGGACCUUCUGGAAAACCUGGAGAUGAUGGUGAAGCUGGCAAACCUGGAAAAUCAGGUGAGCGUGGACCUUCGGGACCUCAGGGAGCUCGUGGAUUCCCGGGAACUCCUGGUCUGCCUGGCAUCAAGGGCCACAGAGGUUAUCCAGGGCGUGACGGUGCAAAGGGAGAGACUGGAGCUGUUGGUGCUAAGGGUGAAUCUGGUUCUCCUGGAGAGAGCGGCGCUCCCGGACCAAUGGGACCUCGUGGUUUGCCUGGUGAGAGAGGACGUCCUGGAGCCAGUGGAGCUGCUGGAGCUCGUGGAAAUGAUGGCCUGCCCGGUCCUGCUGGUCCACCUGGCCCCGUUGGACCUUCCGGAGCUCCAGGCUUCCCUGGCUCGCCCGGUUCAAAAGGAGAAGCUGGACCUACUGGUGCUCGUGGACCUGAGGGUGCUCAGGGACCUCGUGGAGAGUCUGGUACUCCUGGAUCUUCUGGACCCUCUGGCGCUUCUGGUAAUCCUGGUACUGAUGGCAUCCCUGGAGCGAAAGGAUCCGCUGGUGCUCCUGGCAUCGCUGGUGCUCCUGGUUUCCCUGGACCUCGUGGGCCUCCCGGGCCUCAGGGAGCCACUGGACCUCUUGGUCCAAAGGGAACAUCUGGAGACCCAGGUAUUCCAGGGUUCAAGGGAGAGGCUGGACCCAAAGGAGAAAUUGGACCACCUGGUCUUCAGGGACCAAAUGGCCCACUAGGAGAAGAAGGCAAGAGAGGGCCCAGAGGGGAGCCUGGUUCUGCUGGACCACUGGGACCCCCUGGAGAGAGAGGAGCCCCCGGUGAGCGUGGACCCUCCGGAGCCAGCGGUCCCAAAGGUGCCAGCGGUGACCCCGGCCGCCCUGGAGAGCCCGGUCUGCCCGGUGCCAGAGGUCUGACUGGACGCCCCGGUGAUGCUGGGCCUCAAGGCAAAGUUGGACCUUCUGGAGCGCCUGGUGAGGAUGGUCGUCCAGGACCUCCUGGUCCACAGGGAGCCCGAGGACAGCCUGGAGUCAUGGGAUUCCCUGGACCAAAGGGAGCAACUGGUGAACCUGGCAAGUCUGGUGAGAAAGGACUGGCCGGAGCUCCUGGUCUGAGAGGUCUGCCCGGCAAAGAUGGAGAAACUGGCUCAGCUGGACCCCCUGGCCCCGCUGGUCCUGCUGGAGAAAGAGGAGAGCAAGGACAGCCUGGUCCUUCUGGCUUCCAGGGUCUUCCCGGCCCUCCUGGCCCACCUGGUGAGGGAGGAAAGCCUGGAGAUCAGGGUGUUCCUGGAGAGGCUGGACUUGCUGGUGCCACUGGACCUAGAGGAGAACGUGGUUUUCCCGGCGAGAGAGGAGCCGCUGGCCCUCAGGGUCUGCAGGGACCCAGAGGUCUGCCUGGAACUCCUGGAACUGACGGACCCAAGGUGAGCCCAGCAGCCAAUAACAAGCAACUGAUUAAAUGUUGUUCCCUGAGGUUCACCCAACCCGCUGCGAAACACGGUGAGGUUUUCAAUAUUCUUAUCACAGGCAGCAGAAACAGAGCAGUCUGA